AUGAUCCUGAACGGCGUCGCGUGCGAGACGAGCAAGAUUGUGAGCUACAUCCUCGCCAACGUGGGCUGCCUGCUGGAUGGGGUCAAGAAGGCCGUCGUCUGCCUCCUCAAGAAGGUGCUGCCGGCGGGGCUCUUCUGCAGCAUCGAGAAGCUCCUCUCCACCAUCCUCUGCAGCGUCGCCAACCUGGUCGACCUGCGCAAGCUCUUCCGCGGGAUCUGGGGCCUCGUGGGCGAGGUGCUCUGCUUCACCAAGUUCCUGCUCGCGGGCGUCGGCUGCCUCGUCCGGGAGAUUCUCACCGAGAGCGGCGAGCUCGUCAACGGCGUCCUCUGCAAGACGGGCAAGGUGGUGCACAACACGCUCGAGCUCGUCAAGGAGGUGGUGGGCGACGCGCUGUGCUACGUGCACGGCCUGCUGGAAAAGGUCGGCUGCUUCGUGGAGGAGCUGCUGGGCAGCAUCGACACCUUCCUCUGCUGGCUCUUCACCGAGGUCUCCAAGCUGGUGGGCGCCAUCCUGCACGGCGUGUCUUGGAUCCUUGGGCAGGUCAACAAGAUCUUCCCCGCGAUCUGCGCGCUGCUGCCGGGCAUCGACGGCAUCGUCAGCGACAUCCUCUCGGGCGUCGCCUGCGUCGUCCAGGACGAGCUCGAUCAGGUCAAGCUGCUUCUCGAGGCGAUCGGCUGCGCCGUGGCGAAGAUUCUGAAGCCGAUCCGGUGCUUCCUCGAGUUCAUCGCCAAGGAGGUGGGCUGCACGGUGAAGGAGGUCUUCUGCGCCGUCAAGGCGCUGCUGUGCGGCGUCGGCGGCCUCGUUGGCAAGACGCUCAGGAUCGUGCAGUGCAUCCUCGCCAACGUCGGCCGGCUCGUUCAGGACGUGCUCGCGGGCGUCGUCUGCUUCCUGCAGAAGCUCAACCUGCCGUCGAUCGGCGAGAAGAUCGCGGCGCUUGUCGGCACCAUCCUUGCCGGAGUAUGCGAGGACAGCCCGUUCUGCCCGUUCGCGGGCUAG